CAGGGCGGGAGCAGAAUGUGACACAAAUCACAGCCACUUUCCUUCUUCCCCUUCAGAGAAGCAGAUCUCCGUGUGAGUUUCAUAUGAGAAAAAACUAAAAAACAAACACUCAUCCCUUCAUCUUUGCUGCAACAGCAUGGAUUCUCACGCAGCACCUAAGAAAACCAUGAUGCCCAAUUUAGGAUCAAAGAAGAAGGAGAAUGCAUCCAGAAUGGACAGAUACACGGACGACUUGCCAAAGCUGAGCAACGAGAUGCAGCUCAGCAUCAUGAACAAGGUGAAGAACGGAGAGCUGUCCAUCGAGGACGCUCUGAACCAGGCCAGGAGGGACCGGGAUCAGCUGCUCCAACAGCGGAGCCUGGGCGAAGAGGAACAGAAACCGUCACAGUACAACUUCAGUGUUCACAAGCACGGACGGUACAGGUGGCAGAAGCGGGUUCUUCAGAUUGAUUUCAACACCAAGAUGCUGUGCAGCAUCGAGAAAGGAAUCAUCAAGCGACAACUUCCCUUCAUCAUCGUCAAGAGCUGCGACGACGGCGUCGGCUCCAGGUUUACGAUUUCCUUCAGGGGACAUCAUGACUACGAGCUGGAGGCCACGUCGCUGGAGGACAAACACAAGAUGAUGCAGCUGGUGAAUCAGGUCAUUUACACGAACAUAUACAGUGAUAGCGAGGAGGGAAAUGCAGAAGCUCAUCAGCAGCCUCAGGCCUCGCGGAGCCUCCGGGACGGCGUCCUGUUGCUGCACAGAGGAGGCCUGGCGUCUUUGCGAUGGGUGAAGUACGAGGUCCAGCUUCACCCGGGGCAGCUCACACUCGUCCCCCUCGGGCGUCGAGGCCCCGCAGACGGCGAGGUGACGCCCGCCGUGUCCACCGUGAUUCACCUGUCAGACGGGGACACCAGCGUGCAGACACCUCCCAGCCCGGACGCCUUCACCCUGAUCACCCACAAAAAUGAGUACAAAUUCAAAGUGCCUGUGUCGGAUCAGACCGGCGCCCGAGGAGCAGUCCAGAGGGAGCGAGAUGCUUGGGUCAGCGCCAUCGACAAACUGUGUGUAGACUGGAAGAGGAAGUCCAUGGGCGAACACACGUUUGUGGAAACAGCGAUUCUACGAAACAUCAGCAUCGCCGAGGACGCAGAGGACGCAGAGGACGCAGAGGACACAGAGGAUGCAGAGGAAGCAGAGGACGCAGAUACAGAUGUGGAGUCUGGGAUUUGUCCUCCAGUUGAUAAAUCCACUGAAGAUCUCACGUCCAGCAGCGGAGAUCCAUCAUCAGAUGUUCCUGAACCCUGCAUCACUGGAAAAGCUGCUGCUCCAGUCGUUGGACCUGACACUUCCCCUCAGGUCCCGUCACCGACCUCCCCCAGGGACGCUCCCCUAUCCUCACCUGCCUCCCCUCAGCCCCCCCACACUCCCCUCUCACCCUCCCCCACAGGCCCAGAGUCUCCUCAAAAGGAAUCGGGAUCGCCGGAUGUGAAGGGGCCUCCGCCUCCGAGCAUCCCGGCCCCUCCACCUUUACCCUUCAGGAUGAUGGCCGCUUUAAAGAAGCAUCGCACCAAGGCUUUCCACUGGGACCUGGUGGGCCCAGACAAGGUUGCAAAAUCAUUCUGGAUACGAGGAGGCACCGGGACGAUUGAAAUCGACACGUCGCUCUUACGCGAGCAAUUUGCCGUCAAAGAUGUGGGGGGGUUCGAGGCGGCCGAGCACAGUAACGCCCAUCAGCACAUUAUGCUGAACCAGAAGAUCGCACACAACUUCAACAUUUUCCUCAAAAGUUUCCCAGUGCAGCCGGGAGAGUUGAAGGACAAACUGUUCAUUAUUAACGAGAAGGACGGAGGCCUGUCUGACGGGCACAUCACGUCCCUGCGGAGGUACGUCCCCACCAUGGACGACGUGGAGAUGUACAAAUCCCACAAGGGCCCAGUGACGGAGCUGCACAUCGUGGACCAGUACAUGCUGGAGAUGUGCAACAUCCCCUACCUGAGCAAACAGCUGGACCUGCUGCUGACUCUGAGAGAGCUCCCGAUCAGCAUGAGCGACCUGCAGCCCCUGAUUAACCAGAAGAUCCGAAUGUGCAUGCAGCUGUGCCACACCAGGUCAUUCGUGUCCGUGCUGGAGUACGUCCUCGCCAUUGGCAAUUACCUCAACGACAGCGCCGGGAAGGAAAAGGCCAAGGGAUUCCGCCUCUCCUCCUUGACUAAACUCUCUCAGCUCCGUGGGCGAGACAAGACGUUCACCUUGCUCCAUGCCCUUGUGGAGCAGAUCAUGUUGCAUGAACCAGGCCUCGCCACUUUUACCCAAGACUUGGCAGAAUUUGAAACUGUCCCUGGAGCGUCCAUCAAAGGCCUGACCGCAGAAGUGGAUGUCCUGAAGAAUGAACUGCAGAAAGUCAUCCAGUACAGAAAAACCUCCAAGAAGAGAAAUGCCGAAACUCAUCACCCACAAUUCUCCAGAGACCUGAAGACGGCCAUUGAGACGUACGACUCGACUCUCGCUGCCCUGACCAAGACGUGUGAGGAGAUGAAGAAACUCUACUCUGUCAUCCUGGUCAAGUUCGGGGAACCUGCGGAUCGAGACUCUCAGGAGCUCUUCGGCUUGGUCUGCCAGUUCCUCCACGACUUCAAGAGGGCGCACGCCGAAGUCUUAUGAGUUUAUUCUGUGUGAAGUACUUAUCUGUGACCACUGAGACCUCACUGCUUAUUAAACAGAGUCAAAGCUCAAAAACAAUAACAACGCUACUUGAUAUGGAGGAAAAUGUUACUUGGAUUAAUAUUUUCUGUGGUUUUCUGUAUUUUUUUCACCUGUUUUGUUGUACAAAUACUUUAUUUUAUGAUUCCUUGUACAGUGCAUAGUGAUGCUAAUGAGCUGAAAUCAUGGUAGUGACUAUAAAAGUGAUUUGUUUGAUUCCCCUUUAACUCCAUAUUUACUCUGAGACAAAUCCCCGGUGGAGGAUUAGAACCCUCGGUUGUGAGACGCUCUGCUGGCAGAGGAACAAACACAGAGACGACUUUAGAGGCCAAAUGAGGCCGGUGUACAUCGGGGGUGUGAUUAUUCUGAAUAUGUAAUGGGGCCGUGGUCAGGGACGUUUCCUCGCCCGGCGCCGCAGGAGCAGCGCCAAGGCUGCGUCUGCCUCCGGACCACAGCUGCAGCGAGGAGCAGCUCUUUGAGAAGCCAGAGAAGAAUCUCAGGUUACAACUGAGUGAUGUUGGGACUUCUGUGUGUGUCUGUGUGUGUGUGUGUGUCAAAAACACUGUUUGUACUUCUAAUUGUGUGGCGUUGUAAUGAAGCGCACCCCCGACUGAGCAGCCGAAAAAACGAAAUUAUUGAUUUUAAUUAAAAAUCUACAACUGGA